AGAGCUGGUUUUAGCCUAUAGUGGGGGUGGCUUCAGAAACAUUAUAUGACCGAGGUUAGGUCUUAAUGUUCCGAAUACAAAUCAAACAGGACUAGAUAAAGCGGUCAUAUUUGAGUGAUACUAUGAGUUCUUACUAUAGCAGUAUAAUGCCUGCUCAUAUGCCCGGGUCGGGCGGACCAGGCCCCACGGAUGUGUAUUAUCCCCGGACAGAGAAACAUUUGGAGGGAGGGGGAUUUCAUUCCGCGCCCCAUAAUAUGUGUUUUGAAAACAGUGACAAUUCAUACGGGAUGUCUGGAUAUUCUUGCUAUCCUAUGUAUGACAGACUAGAGUCCCACGGCCCCAAUCAGCCGAUGAACCUUGUAUCCAAGCAGCCCGGAUUUUGUGCGGGCAGCAAUGGUUCCAUUUACCAGUCUUACCAAAACUCACAGAACUUUAAUCAUGGACAAUCCUACUCAGACGAUAGAUCGAACUGUGUAAAAAGCGAGGAUUCCUGUGUACCCACCCCUCCCCCUAACUACCCUGUCCACGAGCAACCCCAUCACCCCGCGGUCUCCCAAAUGCACGGGGCAGAGCUUGGUCAUCUAGCCACAAAUCCAGCCGCCCGGAUGAACGGCCUUUCUCCGGCACCAAAUAUGCAAGUGUUUCCGUGGAUGGGUUCGACCAUUAAUGGAGCUGAAGUGACAUAUGAACAAAAACGAACUAGGCAAACCUACACACGAUACCAAACACUGGAGCUAGAGAAAGAAUUUCAUUUUAACCGCUACCUCACGAGGCGGAGAAGGAUAGAAAUCGCUCAUCUUCUCGGAUUAACAGAACGUCAAAUUAAAAUCUGGUUCCAAAACAGGCGGAUGAAAUGGAAAAAAGACAAUAAUAUACCCAAAUUGACUGGCCCCGACAGAUCUAAGCCAGAGAAUGAUUCGGAACGAGGAAUGACGUCAUUGGCCAGUCCCGGAUCAGACGACAAUUUUUCUAGUUGAGAAAGUACAUAUUGCAAACUCUUGUGUCUCAGGGUAAAACUAUCGAUUGAAAGAAACUUUGCUGGUGAACGUGUCCCAGAUUUUUCGAGUCUGUUGAUAUGAUGUAGACGCCCGAGCCCGAUGUUCGGGUCCCCGGAGGUCCGUGGUGGGUCGGGCUCAAGGUACGGACCCGUCAGUGUCAUUGAGUGGAUGUUAUGUGGACUGUCAUUAAUUCUAACUUGCUUCAGAAAAAAGGAGAUCCCAUAAUUCCUUUAUCUGCAUAAUUUUUGGAUCACAACCGGUGAAAAAUUUUAAAAAUGGAGUUUAAAGAAUUGACCAAAAACUGAAAACAAAAAAACUGUGAAUCAAUCUACACCCGAAAAAGGAAAACUUGUGAAAAUCUCCUCGAAUAGUUGUAAAUUACAAAUCAAGUAUUCCAUAGCGCCAGUCCCAAUUUUGUGACCGUGUCUCCCAACACGAGAUAUGUCGGUCGCAUGUAUACAAACGUUGAAUACUAGUGUUAGUUGUCUGAAAUAUUAAAUAUAUAAAUAUUA